AUGGACCGCUUAAGACAGGCACUUUGCCAGCGACUGCCUGCGGGAAUCCGCACAUUUAUUGUACCUACCCGUAAGGUUAAUGUUGUGCCUGUGUACGAGCAGACGCCGCGUCUUGUGCCGAAGGGCAAGUCGCCGAAACAAGUGAUGACGGACAAGCUGUAUGCGAAAUAUGAUCCGGACGGAAGCAAACGGGCGCUUUUCGAUAAAACCAAGCCCACAUGCCCUCGUGCUGGAGACAUUCUGCGAGUCACAAAGAAGGACAAGUCCUCUUUCGUGGGCAUGCUGUUGGCCCUGAACCGCAACCACCUGGCCACCACUAUCCUGCUCCGCACAAAGAUCUCGGGCAUUGGCGUGGAGAACCGGGUCCACGUUUACAAUCCUGACGUUGAAAAAAUCGAGGUGCUUCGUGUUCCGGCAAUGCGUUGGCCCAAGGAGAAGUACUACUUUGUUCGCGGCACAAAGAAGUACGAUGCUGGAGAUCUGGACAGCUUCGUGCGUCGUCAGAACCGCAACAAACACUAA